AUGAACUCUACUUUAGGCACGUCAACGAUCCCAAGAGGUCUAAUUCAUCGACCUUCAGCGGGGAGAACCACGAGACCAUGUGAUAACUGUACCUGCUCGCCAGGACUGCUUUCGAGGCAGGGGCGGAGAGCAUCCCAGUUUUUAAAGAAAAUGGAAAAUAACAGAAGGCACAAGAAGAGAGAGUCCGUUAUCGGUGACGACCUUUCCAUCUAUUCUUCAGACUCGUUAUGCCAGUCGAAUAAAGAGGUCAAUACUACGAAAAGACUUGCUGCGCUGAGGAAACAGAUGGCCAAGCACAAACUGUGCUGCUACAUUGUACCCAGCGAGGAUGAGCACCAGUCAGAAUACGUAUCCCUUCACGACCAAAGAAGAAGUUUUAUAUCCGGGUUUACGGGCUCUGCAGGGGUCGCUUGCAUAACCAGGGAUUUAAUGAAUUUUAACGAAGAUCAUGAGGAAGGUAAAUCCAUCUUGUCCACAGAUGGCAGGUAUUUCAACCAAGCAUCGCAGGAACUGGACUUUAACUGGACCCUGUUGCGACAAGGUAUCGACACACUCUCGUGGCAGGAAUGGUGUAUCCGGGAAGCUAAGGAGAUGUCGGAGGGCCUUGGAGGGAAAGAGGUUAGAAUAGGCGUGGACCCAAGACUAAUUUCCUACGAACAGGUAGUUGCAUUUUUGAAGCUGCUGAAGGAGAGCAUGCACGGCACUGGCGCUAAUGUUGAGUUAGUUCCUAUUGAUGAGAAUUUAAUCGAUAAUAUUUGGCCGCAGUUUGAAACUGUUCCUGAAAAACCUCGUAACGAACUGUUAAAACUGGACCAUGCUUACCACGGUGAGGAAUUUUCUUUGAAGAGGGAACGCGUGGUCAAACAAUUAGGGGAACUCGGGUCUGAGAACUCCCCAAACCAUGAAUUCAUUGUUGUAGCAUUGGAUGAGAUUGCAUGGCUAUUGAACCUGAGGGGAUCCGACAUUGAAUACAACCCCGUUUUCAACGCGUACCUUGUACUCAAUAAUAAAGACGAGACAAAUCUUUUCUGCGAUGAUCCAUUCAAUGACGAUAUCAAACAGUGCUUUGAAAAGAACAACAUUUCAGUUAAACCGUACAAGAGUAUAUGGGAACAUCUUGAGGUCAGUGCUGCGUCUGCAUUAGAAAUUGAAAACGACAAAGAAAGAACGGAAUUUCUCAUCCCGGAUAUGUCUUCGUGGCAACUUGCCCGUUCUGUGUGCGCAACCCAGUACAAGAUAAUUCAUUCACCUAUUGACGUUUUCAAAUCUGUGAAGAACUCGACGGAGAUAAACUGUGCCCAUAAUGCGCAAGUCAAGGACGCGGUCUGUCUAGUACAAUAUUUUGCCUGGUUGGAAAAUGAAUUGAAUGCGAAAGAGAUGCUAAUCGAUGAGUACCGUGCUGCAAAGAAGCUGAUUGAGAUUAGGAAAACCCAGAAAAAUUUCAAAGGUAACUCAUUUGCGACCAUUUCCGCGACGGGUGCCAAUGCGGCAAUAAUUCAUUACGAACCACCAGAGGAAGGGUCAUCCAUGAUCGAUCCCUCCAAGAUAUAUUUAUGCGACUCUGGUUCCCAAUUUUUUGAAGGCACAACUGACAUUACCAGGACUGUGCAUUUCAACACGCCGUCUCAGGAGGAGAUUGACAACUACACUCUUGUUCUGAAGGGGAACUUGGCGCUAGAGAGAUUAGUGUUUCCCGAGGGGACCUCAGGGUAUAAUCUCGACGUCAUUGCAAGACAGUUUCUUUGGUCCCAGGGGCUAGACUACAGGCACGGCACUGGCCAUGGUGUAGGUUCCUUCCUCAACGUUCACGAGGGCCCCAUCGGGAUUGGAUUUAGACCACACUUGGCUAACUUCCCCUUGCAGGCAGGCAAUGUGAUCACCAACGAGCCUGGCUACUACAAGGACGGUGAGUACGGGAUUAGGAUUGAAAACGACAUGCUAAUCAAGGAGGCGGAACACUUACAAUUCGGUGAUCGGAAAUUUUUGAAGUUUGAAAACAUGACAUUGGUUCCCUACUGUAGGCGACUAAUCAACGUCGAUUUGCUCACAAAACAGGAAAGACACCAGAUUAACGAGUACCACGCACGGAUCUGGGACAAGAUUGUACAGUUUAUCCCCACGCGUAGCAUAACGCACAAAUGGCUGAAGCGGGAGACGCAACCGUUGUGA